UAGUUUUUAAUUCGGGAGACAAAAGGAACGGGACUAUAAGGGAAGUAAGGAGUUGACACAUCUUUCAUCUUCUUCCAAACCAACCCAUCCUUCCCCCACCGGUGGUUUUAUCACGGCGGCGACUUUUCUCUAGCAAGGCGAGUUUAACGCUCUGUAUUACGGUUCGAACUUGAAGGCUUCUGGUGUUUGCAGACACAUUUUUGUGAAAAUUUCCAGAGUUGGAAUUUACUGGUAUGGCAUCUAAGCGGAAUGUUCAAUACAGUCGUCUUGCUGCCGAUGAUGAUGAUUAUUAUGGUAGUGGCAGCCAACACGACCGUCGAUUUGACUAUGAGCCAAAAACUUUUGAUAAAAUCCCUUGGAAAUCCAUUGGGCUCGCACUUUUCCUGCUGAGUCUUGGAUGCAUGCUUCUCUUCCUUUCCUUCUUCAUUUUCACAGGUCAUAUGGGAGGAGAACCAUCCCAAGCUUAUGGCCUUCUAGGACUUGGACUUCUUGCCUUCCUCCCAGGAUUUUACGAGACUCGAAUUGCGUAUUAUUCGUGGAGGGGUGCCCAAGGCUAUCGUUUCGCUUCCAUCCCUGAUUACUGAGGCGCGUGGGAUCAUAAAACUACUGCAUUGGUGUAUUGCUGCCGCUCUAUCUCACUUUUUGUACCAUCUAAGAACUCAUUGUAUAGACGUACACGCAGCUGUAUUUUGUUUGUUCAUCAUAUCUGUAGAUCGAAGAACACAUAUCAUGGAUUCGAUUCGUAGUAAAGAGUUUUGAGUGUCAUAUGUGGCAAGUAUGAUACUUUGAACAGGUUGAAAGAGCAAGCACAUUGUAGCUUGUAACUGUAGUCCAAAAGCUGAAUGUCGUAGUUGAUCCCAAUUAUCUUGUAUUGUAUUCAUCAAGCAAAUGACGCUCAAUGUUUGGUGUUUAACUCUUUAAAAUGAUAGCCUUUGUUACAA